AUGCCUACCGUUCACAAGCGUCUAAUAUGUUGUUGCGAUGGAACCUGGAUGGACAGUGAUGAUGGAUUUAACAAACCUACUCUGAUUCCUUACCAACCUUAUGCAACUGUACAGGUACCUUCCAACGUGACACGCAUCUCACGUGCUCUAACUAGAGUUGGUGAAGAUGGGAUCCAUCAAAUCAUUUUCUACCACGCGGGUGUAGGAACUUCGGAAGGCUUUCUAGACUCUUUCACUGGGGGCGCCUUAGGUAGAGGAAUAUCAGAAAAUAUCCGGGAAGUUUACAGUUUCGUCGUCACAAACUACACUCCGGGUGAUGAAAUCAUCCUGAUCGGGUUUAGUCGAGGCGCUUUUACGGUCCGAAGUGUCGCAGGCAUGAUAGACAAUAUUGGUCUACUUACUCGAUCUGGAAUGGAGUCUUUCUAUCCUAUCUUCAAAGAUCAGGAGAAUUUUAGUACACCGAGCUACACAGACAUAUUUCCAGACGUACCAUUUCCGAGGAAACCAAGAGGUCCAGGAAAAGGACGAGAAUACAAGCGGCGACUGGAGGAGAUGGACCUCACCAGAGUAUACGAUCCCAAUGGAAGCAAGAUCUGCGUGAAAGCGGUUGCGGUCUGGGAUACAGUAGGGGCUCUCGGCAUACCCAGCGUGUCUCUUGUAUCAAGACUCGGAUUGUCCCAUUCGUCAAAAGAAUACAAGUUUUAUAACACUAAUCUCUCAAGUAUCGUCAAGCAUGCCUUCCAGGCGUUAGCGCUUGAUGAGCGUCGUCGUCCUUUUGCUCCUGCUGUGUGGGAAAGAAAGAGUACCAGCAGAGACGUGUCGACCGAUUUGAGACAAGUUUGGUUUCCUGGGGCACACAGUAAUGUUGGGGGUGGUUAUGAUGAUCAGGAACUAGCAAAUGUUUCCCUCGCAUGGAUGAUGGAUCAGUUAGCCUCGAUUGGUGUAUCAUUCUUAGAUGAGGCUAUUGAAAUCGCUUAUGAGCAAAAUGCCCAGUAUUAUGUGAGGGAAGGCAGCAGUCAAAACUCCCGCAUGAGCCGAAAAGAGAAACAGUGGGCGAUCACCCCUAUCUACGAGAAGCAUCGACCGGUAAGACCAUGGGCGCUCGGCAAGAUAUACGAUUCGUCGUCAGCCAUCUAUACACUUGCUGGUAAGCAGUGGCGGACUCCUGGAUUAUAUUUUUGCGCAGAUCCAGAAACUGGUCUACCGACUAGUAAGCCAUUGGAGAAUACGAAUGAACGCAUUCAUAGCUCCGUUCGGGUUCGGCUAGAGCUCGAGGGGCUUGGACUUGAUGAUAAUGGGCUGUAUGAAGCAAACGCCUUACCAAAGAAGCUUUGGAACCUUCGUCGCGUCAGGAUUAAGGUGCAAGAUCCUAUUCCACCCAAUGCUAGUUGGAGCGCUGGCACGCCUCCGUCUGAUAGGAAGCCAGACGAUAUGAGGUGGAUCUGGGAGUAUUGUGGUCCAGAAGAUAAUGCUCCCAAAAAGGCAUACAUGGUGGAGGAAAGUCUUGGUCCAUAUGAAAGAAAAUUGCUAUUGAUGAACAAGGGACGAAAUCAAACCAAACGCCGCAAAAAGCGCAGAAAAGCCCCAACAGGCAUCUCUACCACUACCACACGCAUAACAGAAGAAACAGCUCGACUUAGCGGCACACCCACGCCUCUUCCCUACCGCGAAAAAGACCGCUUCCGCGAAAAAAUCAUCGUCCACGAGGAAGAACUUCAUGAUGAAUAUGUUGAUGAUCCUCGUGGUCCACCUCCCCCUUUUCGUGAGAAGAUCCCGAGAACUCCACCACCGCUUGUACCACCCUCGCCGCCUAUAAUUGAUGAAAGAAGAGAGAGGAUGAGGUAUGAGAAACGGGAGAAUCGAACGCCGGAAAUGCAUUCUCCAAGAUCUUCUAAUGCGGGGAUGAGGUAUAGGGAGUUUGAUGCUGUUGACAGGGAGAGGGAAGGCGGUUUUGAGAGGCCCGGGGGUGGGAGAGAAGAGUUCGCGAGGGUGAGCCGUGAGGAGUUUGGACGCGGGAGUCAGUAUGGAAGGGGGAGUAGAGAGGAGUAUAGGGAUUUUGAAAGGCAGCCUACAGCCAGAGAUCGGGAGUAUGAGAGGGAACGGAGGGGUACUUUGCGGUGA